AUGCAAAGGAAGAAUUGGUAACUAGAUGUAUGUUUUUUCCUUAACCCAAAUUUAGGAAGAUAAUGCAUUGCUAUAGAAUUGUUAACAAUUAAAUUUCAAUUGGAAAAGAGUUUCAAAAAAUAUGAAUUAAAUGGGAUUCAAAAGAUCUGGCAAGUCUUGUAAAGAAAGGUUCUAAAAUCAAUUAAACCCUCAGAUCAAUAAAGAUCAAUGGUCACAAAAUGAAAUUGAUAAACUAUUUGAGUUAUAGAUUAAACACGGAAAUAAAUGGGUAGUUAUUGCUUUAAUAAUUUAGAGAAUCAUAGCCAAAGAGUUGCCAAAUAGAACUGAUGGACUCAUAAAAAAUUAUUUCUAUUCCCUCGUCCGAAAAGUUCUACGCCGUCUAUCUAAAGCUAUUAAUAGAAAUAAAAAUGGUAUCAACUAUAAUUGAAAUAGGUUCCAAAAUGACUAAAACCUUAAAACCAUCGGUUAUCUCAUAGAUCUUUUGUGCAAAUCAGGAUGAAUCCAAAUAAUAGACAGUUAGCCUAGAAUUCGCUUAUUUAUUUAGAAACAUUAUAUUCAAGUAUAAAAAUUAUAACUUGUCUUAAUAAAUUGAUAUUGACGACAUAGGCAAAAUUAAAUUCAUAUUUCUUACGUUACAAAAAUUAAAGUAUUUUAAUAUCUUACUUAGUGAAUCUUAUAAUUCUGAUAAUAAUAAAAGCUCAGAAACUAAAAUAAACUAAAAAUAAGAAAAAUAUAAUAAAAAAAGCUUCAAUAUGAAUAUUAAUGCAGUAUAUAAAAUAUUAAUUAGGUUAUUUUACAUAAAAUUAAUAACAAACUUCCGAUUUUUACUACUAAUAUGUAUCCUCUAGAAAACUUGUAUAAGAGAUAAGAUAAUAAUUUUGAUCUUCCUUAAUAAAUUAACUAUUAAGCAAAAUCAUCUUUUCAUGUAGCCUAAAAUUUUAGUAAUAGUGAAUUUCCUUUGAAACAACAGCAGUAAUAUGUUUUUUAUCAUCCUAUUCCAUAAUAUUAUUAUGUAUAUAUACUCAUAUUAUUUAGUCUAUGACUUUAAAUGCUUAUAUAUUAUAACAACAAAACUUAAGAAGUUUAUAUAGUUCUUAUUUAUAUGAAUCAAAUAAAAUCAAGCAAGAAAAUGAAGAAUGA